AUGAAGUUCAAUAUUGUCUCCGCUCUCGCAGGGAGUACAUUUUCUGCGACAUUUGUUCGAAUCAACCUCUCCCCAAAAGAUCUCUCCGCACAUAGCAUCGCCCCAACCCUGGGUAGUGAUUUAGACCCUACCCUUCCGCAGAACCGAGCUGCCGAUGCCGAUGAGGUGUUUCUUCCGAAGCAGGGCGAGUACCCCAUGUGGUAUUUCUUUUAUGAGAAUCUGGCUGUGCCGGAGAUUCUAACUGAAAGGCUGGGGUUGGAUGAGAGCCCGACGUAUCAGAAAGCAGUGGUCAAGGGAGGUAUUUUGAGGACCUGGGGAGGGGGCAAGUAUAAGGCUUUGGUUGAAUGGAGGAUGCGUCGGCGAGGGUAG